AGGCGGCAGCCGCGGCUCCUCGCGCGCGUUUCCGCCCCUCGCUUUACAGCACGGGCCGCUCCGUAGGGGGCGCAGGGGUUCGGGGGUCUCUGUGCCCCACGUUUCCCCCCCUCCCCACCUCCAGGUCCUCGGCAACGCCACGGCCGCUCGCUACGUGGCCGGGAUCGGCGUUCAUUGGUACCUGGACGGCAUCGUUCCCGCACGCUGCAGCCUGGCGGCCACGCACCGCCUCUUCCCGCACCACCUCCUGCUCUACACCGAAGCGUGCAGCGGGUUCCUCAGCCUCCGCUUUCCCGUUUCUCUGGGCUGCUGGGAGCGCGGCGUCAGCUACAGCCACAGCAUCCUAUCGGUACUGAACAACUUCGUGGCCGGCUGGACGGACUGGAACCUGGCGCUGGAUCUGGAGGGGGGGCCCAACUGGGUGGAAAAUUACGUGGACAGCCCCGUUAUCGUGGACGGCAGCCGGGGCGUCUUCUACAAGCAGCCCAUGUUCUACCAUAUGGGGCACUUCAGUAAAUUCAUCCCCGAGGGCUCCCAGCGCGUUGGGCUGCGCGUCGCCCGGCGCUGCCGCGGCUGCGAGUUGGAGCACGUGGCGUUCCUGCGGCCCGACGGCGCCAUCGUCCUCGUGGUGCUCAACCG